AUGUGUGGCGCAGAUGGUGCAGGCAAAGGGGGAUCGGUUGCUCUGCCGUGGACACGGCCCCUUCCUUCUGUGGCCCAGGGUGUUCCCGAGCUUCAGCAGGCGUUCAGGCCGCUGCAUGCUGCGGUGGAAGCGGGCUUAGCCGAAUGCCACCAGGCUAAUCUAGCGGAGGCGCCGCUGCACGGCAUCAAUACGGCAAGGUUUAGCCCCGACUCGGAGAGCGAAGAGACACCAUUCAAUGAGUCCGCUGAAGCUUCGCCGUGCUUUAGAAUAGGGGUAGUAGUGCCGCGAGAGCACGGCCAUGACUUGCCGGUGUGUUCGGUGUGUGCCGUGACUCAGGCGGUUUUCGGCCGACGAGCAGCGACUCCGCGCGGUUUGCUUGGUACCCUACCGCUCGGCGAGAACGGGCGCGGUGCUGUCGGCGCCGGCGGGAGGGAACGGGGCGGGGUUGGGGUUGGGGGCCGGACCGCAGCGGCGGCGCGGCACCUAGCCGCGGCGCUGUCGGCGCUCGACGGAGACGUGCGCGCGGCGGCGCUGCUGGCAAAGCAGGGCGAGAGCUUGAGGGCCAUUGCCAAGUGGGCGGCGUGGAAACCAGCGACGGCGAGCGCACCCGCUGCGCAGCCUCCCCUGGCGUCUGCCCUGACCCUCUCGCGUCCGGAGCGUGCCGCACCGCCCGGCUCUGCCGCCGCUGGCGGAGGCGGUAGCGGCGACCGUAGCUCGGCUGGGACCAGCAGCAGCGAGGAGACCGGCGAAGGGUAUGACGGUGACCCCCGCGAGGACUGGGCCAUGAGAGUGUUCCGCGCACGCGGUGGCGAAAGCAGUUCCAAUCCCCGCACCGCCUCCGCCACCUCCGCCGCCGCCGCUGGUGCCGGCGCUCGGCCAUCCUCCAGCCUGGUCGUGGUCAAGGCCCUGAGGACAAAUUUGCCGAAGGUCCCCUGGCCGCCAGCACCGACGGCCUCGAACAACGGCGCCACCCCUACCGCAAGCGAUCGCGGAGGGCCGUCGGCGGUAGUAUCGGCGGGAAAGGGCAGCGCUUGGCGCGGCCCGCUGUCUUGGCUGACCGGGGGUCGCCGAGGCGCUGCCGCGGCGCCCGGCGAGUCGGCGCGUCGCGCGGUCGCCCGGCCUCCGGCACCGUCGCUCCCGGGGCCCCCAAGAGUCGUCGUGCGGGUUGUCUACUCUGCCCUCGCGCAGGAAAUGCUGCGGCUUGUAAUGGAGUCGGAGCGGCGAGGGGUCGUCGCGCCGGCAGCUGCUACUGUUGUCGAUGCCGAUGGCGGCCGAGACACCAGGGCGGCGCAAAGGGGUCAGGACGGUCUAGGCCUCGACGGGGCUAGGGGCGGUAGCAGCGCCUCGGUGGAGCUACUUCGGAGUGAGGUUCGGGUUCGACACGUUGGCUUGGUGGGCGCCGCAUGUUCUGGGGCCGGGGACGGGGAGAGGGAACCCCGUGCUGCUGGCGUUGAGGAGGUUGAGCCGGGGCCGGAGUCGUACCCCGUCAUGCAGCUGCAGAACAUCCACGAAGAUGACGGGGAACGGCACCGCGUCAGGCGAGACUGUCGCGGUGGCAAGAGUCCCACCGGCGGUGGCCGAAGCAGCGGGGUCGGAGAGGAAGUGGGCGGGGGCGCUCGUGGAGACUCUACCACCGGCGGGUGUGGUACUGCGGGCAUUGGUGUCCGUGGUACCGCUAGAGGGGAUCGAGCCAACGACGUUGUUCCUUUGGAAUGGGGAGAUGCGCCGGUGGAGCUCUGUCCGCCGGAAGCUUCCGCAGAGAGGGAGUGUGAGCCACAGCUCAAAGUUGGCACAGCCCACCUCCUGGGGAUCAACAUUGCUCUCCCUCCGGCUCCAGCGCCUCGGCUUGCCCCCCACCAUCACCCACGGCCACGGCGGCGGCGCGAUGCCGCUCCCGAAAAGGCGUCGGACACACCGCCUCCGCCUCGCAAUAGUAGCCCACACGGAACCGCAGACGCAACAUCCACAUCCCCAAUGCCGGUAUCACCAAGCGGGUCAGGGUCUGACUACGGCGAGGGUGGCGAAGCGGGGGCGGGAAGCCGCGUGCGGCGGGGCGUCGACUCUCUGCGGCGGCGGACCGGCUCGGCGGAGGAGGAGGAAGGGCGCCGAUCGUCUAGCGGCAAGAAGCGGCCGAGGCCCGAGCCCGGCGAAGAAGCGGUGGUGGCUGUUCCAGCGGACCGACGAGGCGGCGGUGGCCGGGGCGACGAGGUAGUGGUGGACCCUCGACGGGUUGGAGACGGAGGGAGGCGCGGGGCGGCGGCGGCGGCGACCCCCGCCGUUGCCGCCACCGGCGAACGCCACCCGUGCCCUCCCGGCGGUGGUAGUGAUGAGCCAGACGACGAGGAGAGAAACGAGGAGGCAGAAAGAGCCAACAAGAGGAGGAGGAAGGCCGGGUGGGCCUGGGGGCUUCUCCGCCUUUGGAAUAGAUCAGGACAGCGCCACGACGACGAUGACCACCACCGCGUUGGCGCCGCUUGCCCCGGUGCUGAUGGGACCGCGACCGCCGAGCCUCCCCGAGACCGACGGCAGGAAACCCGGCAGUCAUCCGCGAAAGCUAGCAGCGCAAGAACAGCCGAGAGACGCAGCGACGAGCAGCGGGACCAGGAGUGCCACGAGGUCGAGCACGACUACGGUGAUGGGCGACUGGGGCGCGCCCGCGCGGACCGGGGGCGGGCCAGAGAGAUCCCGCGCGAUCGGGGCAGGGACAGGGCUCCUGCUGCUGCGCCGCCGAGGAGGUCACCGUUGGUCAUUACCGUCGUCCUCACCCCACCGCCACCACCGCCGCCGCCGAUGUCGCCUUCGUAGAGCUUGCCGUUCGUCGGCAGCACCUGCCCACGCGGCCGGUUUUUUAUGUAGUGGUGUUGUCAUGCAUUCUGGGUUUUUAUGACUCGGGCCUUCGCUUCGGCCGCGCCGACUUUUGACGUAGCUGUCGAGCGUUGCCUGCUCGCCGGAAGUGCCGACUACUGCUGUAUCGAUGCGGGGAGUCUCGUCGGAGAACCGCCGCCGCGGGCGGAAAGAA